GGACCCGGCCCGGAGGCAGCGCGAGGCCGCGGCGGGGACGCGCAGGAGGCCAGAAACCCAUUUAAAGAGACAUGGAUCUUGAAAGAAUCAUUCGAGACUCUCUGAUGUGCUUCAUCCAGUCCCACAUUCCUGAUGCCGAUCUCAGUGGGAUGGAUGAAGUCGUCUUCUCCUAUAUCGCUAGUGUUCUGGAAGAACUAGGCUCACCAGAGUCGUCCGAGGAGAACUUUGAUAUGGACACCUUUGUGGAAAUGAUGGAGGCGUAUAUCCCUGGCUUUGCAGAAAUCAACAGCAGGAACAUUUGUGAAAUGAUGUUUGCCCUCUCGGAAAGGCUCAGCGAAGCUCGCAACAAAGGAAAGGUUUGCCAAAAGGCUGUGGAGAGUGUGAGCAGAGCCCCCGCUGAAGAGCUGAACCAGAGCGAUGAGCAGGGGGCAGGAGCUUCUGAUGAGAGGAGGCUGCAUAUACCAGCAGAGGGAGCUGUAGCUCAGGGAGCAGAAGGUGACCUGAAGGAUGGGGUGGAGCUGCUCCUGGAGAUGUUCCCAGCCUGCACCCUCAGCCAGGCUCAGAAGGCACUGGCCAUGGUGCUGGGAAACCUGGAAGAGGCGGUGCAGUUACUGGUGGAGGAGAAGGUGGAACCUGGCCCAGUGGGCGCUAAUGUGAAGGAGACAGCAAGGCCCCGCCGAGCACCCAAACAAGAGGACCUCAAACGAUUUAUCUUACAGAAAUACAUGAUGGUGGACAGCGAGGAGGACCAGAAAACACACAGGCCGGUGCCACCAAAGGAGGCUCCCAAGAAACUGAUCCGCUACAUUGACAACCAGGUGGUGAGUACAAAGGGAGAAAAGUACAAAGACAUUAAGAAGCCAGAGAGUGAGGAGAUGAAGAGAACUUACAUCAGCCUCAAGCCAGCCAAGAAAUACAAAUUCCACUGACUGACGUUCCCUGCAAGGCAUCGUCCUCUACCCUGCUGCCCGAGGCAUGGAGGGACAGCCCUGGGGCAGGAAGGGUGAGAGGGGCCUUCUACACUCCUCUAACUGGAACUAACCUACCACUGGGAGCCAGCAUGCUGCUGUCAGCCUCUAAUUAUAGCAUGAUGCCACGGAGGAGCCUGUUCAGCAACGCUGUUUGUGUAACCCUCCAAAUUGUCCCUCCGCAGCUAGGAGCCAGCUGUCACUAUGGCAAAUUUGACCAACCCGGCUGCUGUGUGUCCUGGACCUCUCUGCCAUUCCUUGCAUGGGGAUUUUUUAUAGCUAAUGUGUGGCUAGUGCAGUUGACAGCCAUCUUUUUAAAUGUGUGUGCAAUGGUGUUGAUUGUGACUGUUAGUAAAGAUGGUGUGAAUCAGUGUGGA